CCUAACCGCUAUGCAAGGGGCAAGCGCAGAUUGACCAAAUCGACAUCAGAAUUCACCUCCAGCUAAGCUAUAAACACUGUCAUGGCGUCGCUUUUUCUCGACCGCGUCCGCUUACCCCAAGCGCGGUCGACGUCGCGUCGCAAGCAGCGAGCACAGCCAAAAUUCUCUUGCUACGCACGGUCCAAUCCCUCGCGACCCACCCAUGCACAAACCACUGAACUGCACGAGACAGAGGAGCCCCUACGCGCCGGACCAGUGCCGCUCUUGCUAGCAGUCUUUACCACUAUCUUCCUCUCAACUCCCAUGGUUUCAGCAGCUGAGGCCCCGGAGCUGUUUCUGGGCAAAUGUGCAGGUUGUCACAUGAACGGAGGCAAUGUCCUGGCAGUUGGCGCCACCCUCUUCCCAGAAGCCCCCCAAGUACGGGUAACUACAAGGACCACCCAAAUCCCUCUCGCGUGCUGGCUUUUGCUUGGGCUGGCUUGUCCUGGCUUGGGCCGGUUUGUGCUGCCUGCAGAUCUGCGUAAGAACGGGCUAGACAGCUCAGAGGCGCUCUACCGGAUCAUUUACAGCGGCAAGGGCAAGAUGCCUGGGUUCGGCAAGGAGUGCGCACCGAGGGGUGCCUGCACCUUUGGCCCCCGGCUGAGUGACGGGGAGGUGGAGGAGCUGGUGAGCUUCGUGCAGCAGCGGGCGGCCGAGGGCUGGCGGCAGAAGCAGUGAGGGGAGGUGGGGAAAAUAAAUGAGAAGGGGGCAGCAACUGGAGUCCCAAUCCCAUUUCCCGACUCAUGCAGUGAGCGCAUGAGGGCAUGGGGCGGCUGACGGCUGGAGGCAGCAGCAGUUAGGGGAGGGGGGCUGCGCUAGGUGCCGGGAUGCCCGCAACGAUGCACUCAGAGACGAAGGGAAGCGCUUUUGGUCCGUUUGUUUUGUGACCAAGAAUGCAAUAUCGGUGACUACGCGGAGAGCUAGGGCAAUCAGCGAUGUAGCCUGUACGGAGUCAUUGCUUGGGAAGCCGACAAACCAAGGAGUGGGGGUAUUGAUUAGGUGCUGAACGUGUCAACCUGCACCGGUUAGGUUUGAGACCCGCGGGUCAGAGUUUGACCGAGUAAUCACAAGCCAGCUUCUACAGCGGUUGAUUGAUGUUUUCUGCUCCGUGUUAACGCGCCUGCAGCCAUCCCACACGCCAGCACUGGCGGUCGCACGGGACAAAGAACAUGUGGCAUUGGGGAGAAGAAGCGGACCGGGCAACCAAGCCGUCGCUUCGUGCACGCUGCGAGGCGCGCUAUCCAAGGCUUCAUUGCUAGCCGUCGCUGCAUUGUUGCCGAUCGCUUCGCAUGCAGCGCCGCAAGUCAAUGAUCAGCAUCCACCCAUCUCUGGGACAUGUGAUAAAGAGGGCGCCGGUUUGUCCGUGGGACGGGACAGCGUUAUGGAUUCAUCGCUAAUACGCAGGUCUUCGAGCCAUGCGCGUUGUUGGCCUGUGGUUUUGAGUGAUGGCGUUGGGCAAUCCUAUGGAUCUGGGUGAAAGCGUGGGGUAUUUCCUGGGUGCUCCAGCAGGUAGCUUAGAGUUGGCAGAUCUUCGUGCACAUAACGGU